UGGCCCUGAUUUUGCUGGUGUGGAAGAGCAAUUCAGCUGGUGUCAGAGGAUUUCUGGUGACAUAAAUUUAGGAUGAGCAGGACUAUCCUGGGGCUCUACAUUGGACAUUUUCCCCUUUCCAGGGUUCACUGAACACAGUGAGUAAAAACUCCUGCCUGGAGCUCGAGAAACUUGAAAAGCAAAGCUCCUCUACAUUGCUGAUGCUUGAUGGGAUCAUCAGCAGAAAUGAGCAAUGUGAGAUUUCAAAGAGAAGAAAAACAAACCCAACCAAGAGAAGCCUGCACGUGGUCCUGACCCAGCACUGACUUGUAAUGAUGGACAGCAGAGACCUCUCCGAGAUGUCAGGUAUUAGUCCGGAGGGGCAGAUCUGCGAGCCACACGGCAGCUCCCGGGUCUACGGUACAUUAGCUUCUCCGUGGGAGAGGGAUCCCAGACAGCUCUGCUGGGGAGGCAGCCCAGGAGAUUUGUUAGCGGGCUGCUCCGGGGGAUACCAGCCACCUCCGGCACCCGAGAGCCAAAGGUGCUUGUGUUGCUGCUGCUGCUGCUGCUGGCGCAUUUCAUCCAAACUCCAGCCAGAGCGGGGGCAAGUUGAACCGGAGACAUUAGAGCCACUGUGCUUUGGAGAGACGAGGGCGCACGGGGAGCGCAGGAGCACCAUGCCUGCUAUCAAGAAGGAGCGACUUGACAGGGAAGAGAUGGCCCUGGCAGCUUUUAACCAGCCCAUGGAAACCUUACCUGACUAUCUCGCCCCUCUGGCCGCCGCUGCCAUUCCGGUGGUAACCCCGCACCCGCCGGCUUACGACCAGAUCUUUGCCCACCGCGCGUACCUGGGCUUCCACGAGACCCCUCACCCCCCCCACCCUCACCACCCCCACCACCUCCCCGAGGACCUGAUGCUGGAGAGGUUUUCCUCCAUCCCGGAUUUCCAGCCCUUCUUUGACAACGGAGAGCCUUGCAUCGAGGUGGAGUGCGGGGAGAACAAGGCGCUGCUCUACAUCAAUAAGUUGUGCCAGGGGAGCAAAGGACCCUCUAUCCGGUACCGGGGAGAGUGGCUCACCCCCAACGAGUUCCAGUUUGUCAGCGGCAGGGAGACGGCCAAGGACUGGAAGCGCAGCAUCAGGCACAAAGGGAAAAGUUUGAAGACUCUUAUGUCCAAAGGAAUCUUACAGGUACAUCCUCCAAUCUGUGAUUGCCCUGGGUGUCGAAUUUCGUCUCCAGUGAACCGGGGGCGCCUGGCAGAGAAGAGGACAAUCCCUUUACCUCCAACCAGGAUCCCAAAGAAAGAGCUGACCUCAAUUUUCUCACACAGUGACGACAGCGAAGAGAGCGAUAAGAGCAAUGGUCAGCACCCUGAAGUAAAGCAGGAGGAGGAUCUCCACAUCAGUAUCAUGAAAAGAAGGAUACACACCCACUGGGAUUUAAACAUCUCCUUCCGAGAGACCUCUUGCAGCCGUGAUAACGACCUUUCCACCAUCAUCUCCAACCUGCAUCAGAGCCGGCAGCUCGUUAUGCCAGAGACCCAGAGCCGCUGCGAAUUCAAGAGAAACAGCAUCGACCUUGGCUUAGGGGCAGCAGAUGAAAUUUUAGGCAAGAGAAGAGUAUGUUCUCCCAACAGCAGCAGUGAGUGUCCUUUAGAAAGCAAGAAAGCCAGAAGUGAGUCCCCAAAGGAAAACUCCCACACCCCUCUGCUGGAGGACUCUGUGACUCAGAUGACCCCAGAGGAGCACUACAGACGCAUGAUGUCCGCGCUCAACGAACACGGCACCUUUGAAGAGCAGCAGCAGCAGCAGCGUCUCUACCAGCUGGCCAACAGCAUGGCAGUGCCCAGCCACGGAGAUCUGCUGCGGGCGCGGCAGGAGGCGGCGGCGCGGAACCCCGGCGCGAUGGAAGCUCACAUCCCCUCGGCCAGCAACUCUUCCAGCCAGAGGAGGAAGCAGGGACUCCCCCAGCACAGGGACACGCACUUCCCAGAGAGGGAGAUAUCCCACCCACCGCCGCUGCUGUCGCCCCAGAACGCCCCCCACAUCGCCCUGGGGCCCCACCUGAGACCCCCGUUCCUGGGGGUGCCCUCGGCGCUGUGCCAGACGCCAGGUUACGGGUUCCUGCAGCCAGCACAAGCAGAGAUGUUUGCAAGGCAGCAAGAGAUGCUACGGAAGCAAAACCUGGCAAGGCUGGAGAUGUCGGCCGAGAUCAUCCGCCAGAAGGAGCUGGAGAACCUGCACAGGCAACGGCUGCUGGCGGGCGACCCGCUGAGCCUGCACCCCGCGCUGCCCCCCGACCACCCCGCGCUGCGCAACGUGCACGACAUCCCCGAGGGCCACCCGCUGCGGGACGAGCUGUCGCGGCGCAACGCCAUGCUGGUGCUGCGGCACAACACGGCGCCGCUGCUGUCGCUGAGCGCCGGCGCGCUGCCCGGCGGCCCCGGCACGCCGCCCAAGGAGCAGCCCCGGCGCGGCGGCGCCCGCAAAGCGCCCCAGCAGCGCGCCGAGCCGCCCGGCCACGGCGACGCCAAGGAGCCGGCCGAGCCCCGCGGCCGCGACGGGGCGCAGGACUGUGCCGAGGAGGAGAUGAAGGACUCGGAGAGCGACGCCGACGGCAGCGACGACAAGGCCGAGAGCGGGAAGGCCGAGAGCGGCGGCUCGGCCGCGGAGACCAAGGAGGGCAAAGAGACGGGCAAAGGCUGCGAAGGGCACAAGGAGCUGGGCGAGGCGGGCGCCGGGCACAACGCUCCCUGCAGCUCCUCCAGCGCCGAGUCGCCCAGCCAUCUGCUGGGCACGGGGGGCAGCAAGAGUGAGGUGAAAUACCUCCCGCCGGCCUCCAUCCCGCCGCCACAGCCGCUGCCCUUCGGCUUCCCCUACACCGUGAGCCCCUACUUCCAUGCAGGCACCAUGGGAGGUCUGUUUCUGGAUGGGGAGGAAAGCCCAGCGCUGGAAGACAUCAGCAAAUGGACGGUGGAGGACGUCUGCAGCUUCGUGUCCAACCUGUCUGGCUGCACCGAGUACACUCAGGUAUUCCGAGAGCAGGCCAUCGAUGGUGAGACCCUGCCCCUCCUGACAGAAGAGCACUUACUCAACAACAUGGGGCUGAAACUUGGGCCUGCCCUGAAGAUCAGGUCACAGGUCGCCAAGAGAGUGGGCAGAGUGCUGUACAUGGCCGGCUUCCCCAUGGCCCUGCCGCUGCAGCCGCCGGGGCUGCGGCCCGAGCGGGAGCUGGCGGAGCUGCGCCCGGCCUCCACGGGCAGCGUGGCCUCGCCCUUCGCCUCGGCCGCCCGCGGCUCCCCCCGCCCCGAGAACGGCAACGCCCCCGGGCCCGGCCCCGCCGCCGAGGCCGCCAAAGCCCCGUCCUAACGGGCUGCUGGAACCGAGCUUGGGUGGAGCAGCCGGCAGGUCGAGGCGUGCGGAGCGCCCGGGAGGAGCCUCCCCUCAGCCCCCUCAGCGGCGCCAGGGGAGCGAGGCACGGGGCUCAUUGUGUCGGAUCCAUUUGCUUAUUCUUUUUCUUUGUUUUGAGACAAUAAUAAGACACACAAGUGUUAAAAAACUGUAAAAAGGGAAGGACAGGAAUUAAAAAACCCCCCCAACCAACUAUCCAAAGAUGCACAGAGACAAGCGGGGAAGAUGGCGGCGGCCCCUCACGGCGGCUGAGGGGGGAGAGAGAGCCACGGACAGGGAACAAGAGCUUUUGGGUUUAAUUUGCCUUCAGAAAAGAAGCACCACGGCUUUCAGGAACCUCCUGGGUGUGACUCGGAGCAGGGAAGGGACACUGCUCCUCAGCACCCCUGAGAGAGGGGGGAAAAACACCCCAUCCACCAUGAAACCACCCACCUCAACCAUCUCCUCCCUGGAAACUGGCCUCGGUUCCUCAUUCAGGUGUCUAUGCAUCUCUAGCAACUUUUGAAACAAUACCAAAGACAGACAAAAACUAUAUAUAAGAAAAAUAAAAGAGACAGAAACUAAAAGGCACGUUCGGGUCCAUGUUUACGUGGGUGCAGGCCCUGGGCUGGCCCUCAGCACACCCCCAGCAGCCUGGGCUCCAGCCCUUGCAGAGCUUCGGUUUCCUUUCAUUAGAUGGUUUUGUUUUCAAGAAGAAGAAGCAGCAAGCAGCUUGUGUUUGGGUGGGAUGAAGGGUCACAGCCCUCCCCUCUCCCUCCUUCACGUGUACAACGGACUGGUUUCUACAUUGGGGUGGGGGUUGGGGGAGGGUGGGGGUGUUGUUUUGGUUGGUUUGUUUGUAGGGUUGGUUUUGUUCUGGUUUUUUUAAAGCCUUGUUACAGAGGUGGAUGCAGUUGCACACAUUUUGGCCUGCUGUGGACCAUGACACACAUCCCUGUGCGUUCCCAGAGGAGGGGGAGGGAUUCAGGCUGAAAAAGAGGGGGGUAGAGGUUUUACUACUGUGAAUGGUAACUCGCGGGGGUGACCUGCUGUGACCUGUACAGUCCUCUGAGCAACAAUCACUCACACGUGGUACUUUUCUCUCUCUCCUCCCUCCCCUUUUUUAAGUUGUUUUUGUUUGAACCUUGCACGUGCUGCCGUUUGGGUUUUUUUUCUUACAAACUAGCUUGGUGGUACAUUAGCUUCUUUCUAUUGUAAAAAAAAAAAGACCCCAAGUCAUUACCCAUCACAUCACCAGAACAAUGCUUUCCAGCAAUCAAUUUAAAUAAAAAAGACAAAAACCACUUAAUUUACAACAGGUGCCUCCCUUCCUGAGCUCCCUGAAAAAGGCUGCUUCACCCAACCAGCUUCUUUUUACCCCCUCUUCCCUGCCCUGGGGCUGUUUGCUUUGCUGCUGCUCCAUUCCUGGCCUAAAAGCCAAGCUGAGGGUUGGUUCCCAGCUGGCAAAAGGCAGCCACAGUAGCUCAUCUAGAGAGAAAAGGAGGAGAGAAAAAGCAACUCCUGGAAGAAAAGGUAAGUGAAAAACCUUUUCCUUAGAGUCUUCCAGGGCUCAUCUCUGCAGCAUAUCCCAGGCUCCUGUAUGGAACUGCCUGGUGGAGCUCAGUCUCGAGCUCUCCCAACCCCACUAAUGAAGCAGCAGGUACUUUUGCCUCUCAGAAUGGGCUAUAAAUGAUGAUAAU